UAGAGAUGGGGUUUCACGAUGUUGGCCAGGAUGGUCUUGAUCUCCUGACCUUCUGAUCCACCUGCCUCGGCCUCCUAAAGUGCUGGGAUUACAGGUGUGAGCCACCACGCCUGGCGGUCUUUUCCUUUAUGGCUCAUGUUUACUAUUACCUUGUUUAAGAAACCUUUGGCCACCCUAAGCUCAUAAAGAAAUGGACUCAGAACUCAAGGAAGAAAUUCCUGUGCAUGAGGAAUUCAUUUUGUGUGGUGGAGCCGAAACCCAGGUUCUAAAAUGUGGGCCCUGGACAGACCUCUUUCAUGACCAAAGUGUCAAAAGGCCUAAGCUGCUUAUUUUCAUUAUUCCUGGUAACCCAGGUUUUUCUGCCUUUUAUGUGCCAUUUGCAAAGGCUUUAUACUCUUUGACAAACAGACGCUUUCCAGUUUGGACUAUCAGUCAUGCUGGGCAUGCGGUGGCUCCCAAAGACAAGAAGAUUCUUACAACAUCAGAGGAUUCAAACGCUCAAGAAAUUAAGGACAUUUAUGGACUAAAUGGACAAAUAGAGCACAAACUAGCUUUCCUGAGAACUCAUGUGCCAAAGGACAUGAAACUUGUGCUCAUUGGCCAUUCGAUAGGCAGCUAUUUCACACUUCAGAUGCUGAAGCGAGUCCCUGAGCUCCCGGUAAUUCGUGCCUUUCUGCUCUUUCCAACAAUUGAACGAAUGUCUGAGUCACCCAAUGGCAGAAUUGCCACUCCACUUUUGUGCUGGUUUCGAUAUGUUCUCUAUGUUACUGGCUACUUAUUAUUGAAACCGUGUCCUGAGACAAUCAAGUCCUUGCUAAUCAGAAGGGGCCUUCAAGUAAUGAACCUAGAGAAUGAAUUUUCACCAUUGAAUAUAUUAGAACCAUUCUGCCUUGCUAAUGCUGCCUACCUUGGGGGCCAAGAAAUGAUGGAGGUGGUGAAGAGAGAUGACGAAACCAUAAAGGAGCAUUUAUGUAAGAAAACCUGCUCUGUGCGAAUUAUUUCAAAGAAGGAAAGAAAACCUGGAGAAAGCAGGAAUGACAUAUUUUUCUUAGACCUCUGGAAGAAAGGCCGAGAAGAUAGAUCUCUCUGAGAAUCUGUGUCACUCCUCUUUGGUCACUGUCUCUAGUGCUGGCUUCCUGGUUGCCCUGCCAUGCAGCGUAAGCUGCCAGGGAGCUACAGCUGUUGAUGAAGUGCUAACAGAAAGCCUUGCAUUGCUCAGAAAAGCGGUGGGCAUUACCUUCACUGCUGCAAGAACCCACAGGCUCACCCUGUGAGCUCACCAGGAAGAAAAGUAACUCCCAGAAUGUCGGUGCCUUUCUUCAUUUGGAAGAUGCUCAACCAAGGAUAGCCAAAGAGCACUAUAGCUUAGGCUCCAGGUCUCCUUUAUGAGGAAAAGUAGGUUUUAUUAUAAAAGUGGAAGUACAGAAUCCACACCAAGAACUGACUGUUAGUGGCGGCUUGAGGAUAGGGAUGUGCUUCACUGUUUAUUUGGUUGGCGACUUAUCUUCUACCCCACCUGUCUUUCUCUACAAUCAUGUCUGGGGAAUAUGACAUGUACAUUUUUUAGAUAAUGAGUAAGUAUAUGGUAAAACAACUUUGCUUUAUAUUUUAAAAAAUGUUUAAUACUUAUACAUUUUCUGAGCCUAUGUCAAAAACAACUUAUCAGAAUAGAAUAUAUUUUCUCAAAGGCUAAUGUAAGGUCAUGUGGAUUCUUUUUCCUUGACCAGGGCACAGCUCCCACGCCACCCAGCCCACCAUUGCCCAGUCUGUGUCGAGGAGCUCCCUUUGUCCUCACCUGUAAAGAGCAGCCUUUAAGAGUGCCCACCAUGUGGAAAGCACUUGAUACACUUUGUUUUCCAGUCCUCAGCACUAGCCCACUGGUAACUAGUUUUGUCUUACUUUACAGAUGAGUAAACAGGCACAGGGAAGCUAAGUAACUGGUCCAGGCUCACAGCACCAAUAAAUGGCAGAACCAAGAUUCCAGUCCAGGUGGAUAUGGCUCAGGGACCUGUACAGUCUUAACACUGUACUCACUGCACUACGCUCUUCCUGGCUGCGUAAGGAGCUUGAGUAGUUUCACAAAUUACUUUAGAAUAAUAUAAAUACAAUUAUUUUACCACACUGUGAUAUAAAGACAUUAUAAGAAGCCCUUUCACCCUCAGCAUGACACCCCUAGAAAUGCCGUUUACCACCCUGCUCAGGCCUGCACUAUAUCACAAAACAGGCAUCCCACAAAUUGACUACCCAAAGUAGUCUGUGCCGAAGGCUCAUCAAGCUGGAUUUCUCGUUGGAAACAUUUCAAGUUGUAUUGAUGAGAUAUCGUUUGUACCAAACUUGGCUUUGUGGUGAAUUAUGAUUUAAAGAGCUUCUAAAAUUCAGUUUAUCCAUAAGGUUAACACCAACAACAAAUGUAUAUAUGCAAAAAUAUAUAGAGAUGCAAAACUUACAUUUUAUUAGCCCUUUUAUUCCUGUAAUGCCUGUAGUCCUACUGUCCUAUUGAAUAGACAGAUAAUUCAGAUAGAGAUUUUUAUGUGUGGCUUUUAAAAUUGUUAUUAUUUUAAGAUGUUGCUAUGUCAUUGAAAGUGAGUUUUGUUAUUAGCUAAAUCAUAAGAUGCUUCUAAUAUUUCUUUGUUCUUACUAUAAAUCCUCUAUUAGUAAUGCAUAAAAGCAUGCAACUCCAAAUGUAUACUAAAACAAAGCUUUGUUCAUGUUCACUCCCUCAGGGCAGAAUUUGGGUUUUCCUGCUUUGGGGUCCCGUAGGGCUUUGUCCAUACCUCUGUCUGCCUGUUGUAUUUAAGAGCCAGUUUAUACAGGCCUGUUCUCUCGCCUAGUCUGUGAGCUGUUCCAGGGCAGAGACCAUCUUACACACUUCUGAAUGUCAGCCACUUAGCCCAGUACCAGAUAUGGGAUGGAAUCAGAGUCAUUUUUGGUGGAACUCAUUUUAAUCUAUCAGCUUCAGCAAUUCACUGUCCAACAGUGCCGUUUGUAGACCCCCCAAAAAGUGGGGAAAAAAAAAAACACACAGAAGAAAAGACAGAUGUGGGGACAAGCUGCAGCAACCUGCAGGGAUAUUUUAGGAGGGCCCUGUCUCCUUAGGUGCACAUUAAACAGUUAAAGGGAAGUUCAUCUAUAAGCCCAGAGACCAUAGUAACCAUAAAUCCACUUUCCUGCGGAAAACACAGGAGGAAAAGCCAAAGCAUGGUUCUGGAGAAUCAAAAUCUAGACUGAAAAAAAGUUAAAUUUUGUGCUUAAUAGAAAACAAUGGGUUACUUAACAUGACAAUUUGGAAACAGAAAAAUUUCUAUCUCAAUAAUGUAUACUUUUUAUCAACUCUCAUGAGUUCCAAAAGAAGUGCUAAGGAUAAAUAAACUACAGGAAAUAAUUUAUUUUCUUCUAAACCUUUGAAUGUAAACAUCCUGCUGAUUGCCUGCGAUUCCUUGUUAACAGUUCCAGUACUUUCAUGGCAGUUAUCACCCCCAUGACACACAGUGCCUCAGAAGAGCUACAUAGACUGUGAGAAGGCUUUCAGUAAAGGUAGUUGGGAAGGCUGGGUGCUGUGGCUCAUGCCUGUAAUUUCAGUACUUUGUGAGGGUGAGGUGGGUGGAUCACUUGAGCCCAGGAGUUGGAGACCAGCCUGGGAAACAUAGGGAGACUUCGUCUCUACAAAAAAAAAAUUAAAAAUUAGCUGAGCAUGGUGGCAUGCGCUUGUGGUUCCAGCUACCCUGGAAGCUGAUGUGCGAAGGUCACUUGAGCUCGGGAGGUCAAGGCUCCAGUAAGCUGAGAUCACACCACUGCACUCUAGACUGGGCCCAGAGUAAGACUGUCUCAGAAUAAAAAAGUAAAUAAAAAUAAAGGUGGCUGUGUUAGCUCCUGUUGACAACUCUCACACUCUAUUAGUUUUCAUAUCCAGUUUAAGACCUGCCAGUUGUCAGGUUUUAUGUUUUGAUAACGGGUCUAUUUACUGGAAUUGUAAGUAGUAGCAAAAGGUACAAGUUAGGAAUGUUGUCUGUGGAUUUGUAGCCCAGCUCUUCAAUGCAAAAUUGCUUGAAAUAAGCAAGUUAAUCUUGAUAAGCCUCAAUUUCCUUUUCUGUAAAAUAUAGAUACAAUACUUUCCUUAGAGUAUUGUUGUGAGGAUACAAUGAGAUAAUACAUAGAAAGUGCUUACUUAGCACAGAGCCUGGCCAUUGCUCUCGGCCCAUUGGUUCAUCAUGGUGCAUUGCAAUUCAUUUUUGCAUACCAAUAAAUAAAGAGUAUGCACUGUUAACCAC